AUGGCGACAAUAAAGGCCAUCGAGGCCCGUUCAGUCCACCAAAUCCAGUCUGGACAGGUAAUCGUCGACCUUUGCUCCGUGGUUAAGGAAUUGGUCGAGAAUAGUUUAGAUGCAGGUUCUUCAUCCAUCGACAUUCGAUUUAAGAAUAAUGGUUUGGAUCUCAUUGAAGUUCAGGAUAACGGCGAUGGGAUUUCACCCAAAGACUACGAAAAUAUCGCUUUGAAACAUUACACCUCCAAGCUCUCUACCUUCGAAGACCUAUCCUCCCUCGAAACAUUCGGAUUUCGUGGCGAAGCUCUCUCUUCGCUUUGCGGCCUUUCUCGGCUCCAUAUCGUUACUGCUCAGGCAACCCAAGCACCGAAAGCUAGACGGUUAGAAUUUGAGAUUUCUGGUAAACUAAAAAGCACCCAGGUAGUUGCUGGCCAGAAAGGCACUACUGUCUCAAUCGAAGGACUUUUUGAACGGCUUCCUGUUCGACGGCGAACACUGGAAAAGAAUAUUAAGAGGGAAUAUGGCAAAGUUCUGGGUCUCUUGCAUGCUUACGCAUGCAUAAGUACUGGAGUCCGUUUCAGUGUCAAAAAUCUGAUGCCAAAAGGGAAAAGCGUAGUGGUAUUUGCCACAAAAUCUAACCCAACGACCAAAGAGAAUAUUGCCAACGUCUAUGGUGCAAAGACACUCCUUGCUCUGAUACCACUUGAUCUGGAACUGGAAUUCCAACCGAGUGUAUGCUCAAGAGCCUUGCAUCAAGAGCACCCUGAAAAUUUAAAUAAAAUAUUCGUACAUGGUUAUAUAUCAAAGCCAAUCUUUGGUGAAGGGAGACAAACCCCAGAUCGCCAGAUGUUUUUUGUAAACUCUCGCCCAUGUGGCUUGCCACAAAUCGCGAGAGCAUUCAAUGAAGUGUAUAGGUCCUUCAACAUUUCUCAGUCGCCUUUUAUAUUUGCAAAUUUUGAAAUGGAUACUCGCGCAUAUGACGUUAACGUCUCACCGGACAAACGUACAAUCCUGUUACACGACGCAGGCGCGCUGAUUGAAUCUCUCAAAGCGACAUUGACGGAGAUGUUUGAAAGCCAGGAACAAACUGUUCCUCAAUCUCACUUAUUAGGGAAACAAGGUACAGCGAAACAAAUAGCAAAUGGAAGCUUUACCUCAGCUUUGACUCAUCUAAGGGCGGGAAACAUUCCUUUGACCCCCAAAGAAGAUAUACAAAACGGACAAGGGGCGGAUACUUCCAUCUGUCGCACUGAAAACGUAACCAUUAGAUCAAGCAGAGAUGAAGGACCAAGUAUGUCCAAUUUAAGCCACUCUAUAGAGGUACGCGCUUCAAUGUCGCGUAAUAUCAAUGACGCCGAUGACUUGUUUGUGUCCGCUGCUAGUCCACCAUCCAGUGUUCAAGACCUUAGCGAAGUUCAUCAGGAAUUUCCUUCGACUUGUCACGAAACAUCUAAAAUAUCGUCUUUAAGCAGUCAAAGGUCACCAAAUAUCAUUCAAAAUGCCUUUGACCGUAUGCGUCCAACGAGACCUGCUGCUGAAACUGCAACCAUCACGAUUGGUGGCAAAACAGUUACAUCGACUAUUGGAUAUACAUCGCCGCGGAAACGGAAAGGACGCCAGGAAGAUUCUAUCUCAGCACCACUCUCCAAACGACGAACGCGAGCAACAUUUGCGAAAAGCAAGCUUGGGCAAACGUUGAAGUCUUUUUCUGCUCCAACUACUCAGGCUGGGAGGCCUUCACAAUCAGAUAAUAGCGAGGAAACGGAUAAUGGAUAUACUAGCUCCGAGGAUGAGGAGCAAGCUGAUCUUAGCGACGCUAGCGACAUAACAUACGUUACAGUAGAUAAUGGGAGUGAUUCUGCUUCUUUGGAUGAAAUCGAUGCAGGUGAUCGAGAACAAAAGGCCAUGGACGAGCAGAAAAUAGUUGAACUGAUUCAAGCUGCAGAGGACGCUGCUCAAGUCCCCUCCGAAUACACCACUGAGAGAGCUAAUAAGAUAUCUAAGCGGUCUCGGGGAAAUGAUGCUACCGUGGAAUUAAUGUGUUCCAUUGAUGGAGCACUUGCAAAGAUCAAGGCUCAGCUAAAGUCACUUGAAGACAGCCUUCGGUCUUUUCAGGGUCAUAAGGAAUCCGAUAUCUCCGUUGCUGAGGCAAAUCAGGAGCUUGAGUCCCCCGAGGCCAAACUAUCCCUUACGGUAUCUAAAAGAGAUUUUGGGAAGAUGCGAAUUGUAGGGCAAUUUAAUCUUGGAUUUAUUCUGGCUGUGAGGGAGGGAUAUGCGAAAAGCAAUCAAGAAAAUGAGGGCCUUCAUCUUGUUGAAGAUGAACUAUUCAUAAUUGAUCAGCAUGCUUCGGAUGAGAAGUACAACUUCGAACGACUUCAAGCCGAGACCGUGGUUCAAAACCAGCGCCUUGUCAAACCAAAAACGCUCGAUCUUACAGCAGUGGAAGAAGAAGUCAUCCUUGAUAAUAUUCCCCUGUUAGAAAAGAACGGAUUUUUGUUUGAUAUUGACGAGAGUGGCGACGAACCCAUUGGGCGAAGGUGCAAAUUAGUUAGCCUCCCGCUGAGUAAAGAGGUGGUUUUCAAUACCCAGGACUUGGAAGAAUUAAUUGCUCUGCUCUCGGAAUCGCCCCACCACGAUCGUAUCUCGCAGCUCGUUGACUACGAUGAUAUUUCCAAAUCAUCACCUUUUGCAAGCCGCUAUGUUCCUCGACCCAGUAAAGUCCGAAAAAUGUUUGCCAUGCGUGCAUGCCGCUCUAGCAUUAUGGUAGGUAAUACACUCACUAUUAAACAAAUGGAGAAAGUUGUUCGACACAUGGGACUGAUAGACAAGCCAUGGAACUGCCCCCAUGGCCGGCCAACAAUGAGGCAUUUAGUAAGCCUUGGAGGUUGGCAAGAAUGGUCAGAGUGGCCCGAGAUGGAGAUAACGGACAGUGGUGAUGAUAGCUGUAGUCUUGGGAGCAACGAAUGUGGGGUUUGGAGACGCUUUUUGGAAGAGUAUGGCCAUUUAGAAUAG